CCUGGCUGAAUGACUGCUGUGCAGGGCAGGGAAGGGCCAGACACACAGCCCAGCAAACAGCAGCACACUACUGAAAGGAAAACUCAGAGGAUACAGUCGAGGAAGAAAAGUGGUGAUGGACCUCAUCCCAAAUUUGGCAGUGGAAACCUGGCUUCUCCUGGCUCUCAGCCUGGUGCUUCUCUAUCUAUACGGGACCCGUUCACAUGGAAUUUUUAAGAAACUGGGAAUUCCAGGACCCACACCUCUGCCUUUUCUUGGAAAUAUUUUGUCCUAUCGUCAGGGUAUCUGGAAAUUUGACUCAGAAUGUCAUAAAAAGUAUGGGAAAAUGUGGGGAUCAUAUGAUGGUCAACUCCCUGUGCUGGCUAUCACAGAUCCUGACAUGAUCAAAGCAGUGUUAGUGAAAGAAUGUUAUUCUGUCUUCACAAACCGGAGGCCUUUUGGCCCAGUAGGACUCAUGAAAAGCGCCAUCUCCAUAGCUCAGGAUGAAGAAUGGAAGAGAAUACGAUCAUUGCUGUCUCCGACCUUCACCAGUGGAAAACUCAAGGAGAUGUUCCCCAUCAUUGCCCAAUAUGGAGAUGUGUUGGUGAGAAACCUGAGGCGGGAAGCAGAGAAAGGCAAGCCUGUCACCAUGAAAGACAUCUUUGGGGCCUACAGCAUGGAUGUGAUCACUGGCACAUCAUUUGGAGUGAACAUCGACUCUCUCAACAAUCCGAAAGACCCCUUUGUGGAAAGUGUUAAGAAGUUCCUAAAAUUUGAUUUCCUCGAUCCAUUAUUUCUCUCAAUAAUACUCUUUCCAUUCCUUACCCCAGUUUUUGAAGCAUUAAAUAUCUCUCUGUUUCCAAAAGAUGCUAUAAAUUUUUUAAAGAAAUCUGUAAACAGAAUGAAAAUAAGUCGCCUCAACGAUAAACAAAAGCACCGAGUAGAUUUCCUUCAGCUGAUGAUUGACUCCCAGAAUUCAAAAGAAACUGCAUCCCACAAAGCUCUGUCUGAUCUGGAGCUUGUGGCCCAAUCAAUUAUCUUCAUUUUUGCUGGCUAUGAAACCACCAGCAGUGUUCUUUCCUUCACUAUAUACGAACUGGCCACUCACCCUGAUGUCCAGCAGAAACUGCAGGAGGAAAUUGAUGUAGUUUUGCCCAAUAAGGCACCUGCCACCUAUGAUGCCGUGAUACAGAUGGAGUACCUUGACAUGGUGGUGAAUGAAACGCUCAGAUUAUACCCAAUUGCUAUUAGACUUGAGAGGGUCUGCAAGAAAGAUGUUGAAAUUAAUGGGGUGUUCAUUCCCAAAGGGACACUGCUGGUGAUUCCAACCUAUGCUCUUCACCAUGACCCAAAGUACUGGACAGAGCCUAAGGAGUUCCGCCCUGAAAGGUUCAGUAAGAAGAACAAGGACAGCAUAGAUCCUUACAUAUACACGCCCUUUGGAACUGGACCCAGAAACUGCAUUGGCAUGAGGUUUGCUCUCAUGAACAUGAAACUUGCUCUAAUCAGAGUCCUUCAGAACUUCUCCUUCAAACCUUGUAAAGAAACACAGAUCCCCUUGAAAUUAGGCGUGCAAGGACUUCUUCAACCAGAAAAACCCAUUGUUCUAAAGGUUGAGUCAAGAGAUGGAACCCUAAAUGGAGAAUGAGUUAUUCUAAGAACUUCCACUAUGUGCAUCAAGAAAGCUGUGCCCCAGGACACUAGAGAUCUCAAUUUACUUUGUCAAUAAAACCUUGAAAUAAAGAUGGGCUUCAUCUAGUGU